GUGAAGUGAGGUGAUGAUGGUGAAUGUUAGGAAUAUUAUACUUCUUAAUCAAAGAAUAUCACACCAUUGUCCAACUAGAAAUCCAUUUCCCUUCCAUUUCCAUGAUCCAAAAAGGGUUGUCAAGAAUAGAACUAAAGGAAUAUUUUAGCAUGCUUUAGGAACUAAAUUGUUUUUUCAAACCAAAAGAAAAAAAGAAAAAAAAGCAAGUAAUGUCGCACAAACCAAAAUUGAACAAGCUGUUAUUGAUAUUGUUACAUUGUUAGUAUAUAUGAAUAACAAACAAUUUCCUGGACAGUGUUGCAUAUAAUACAAUCAAAAUCUGUAAAUCUCAUCUCCGUUUUCAUGAAACAAGACGAGAGAAAACGCCGUUUCAACGAAGCAAUUGUUAACACUCUAUAUCCUACAUCUCCACAGCAUGAAUCGGACUCGGAACCAGUAAAAGACUUUAUCGAAUUGGAAUCUUACGCCGACGUUAUUUCAGAUGACUGUGAAAAUGCCUCAACAAGCGGCGAAGAAGGAGAACACGGUUAUGAGACAGAGAAACUCACUAGAGCUCAACGAAAGAGAAUUCUUAAGAAGAAGAUGAAGGAAGAAUCCAUCCUCCGUGGAAAGUUAAUUGGGCCGUUGAUGCCUCCAUCCCAAACAACACAGGCCGGGGAUAAGGAUCCUCUACCUGUUCGAUCAAAUGCUUCUAAGAAAGGUGAUGAGACUACCGGUGCUAACGCGAAGAGAAUGAAGCAGCGGAGGAUGGCGAAAAGGGUUGUCAGAGAAAGAGAAACGCGAGAUGCCUCUCCAUUGGACAAAUGUAAUCAAAUUUCAAGUGGUAUGAAAGAUGCUCGAAAAAAGCAGGGAGUAGUAGCAUUAUCAUCUUGUGAUGGUGAAUAUGUAGCAACUUCCUAUGCAGAAUGUCAAACCAUGUGGAUAGAAAUGCUGCUAAAGGAACUUAAGGUUAUGGGACAUGAGAAGAUGAAGCUGUUUGUAGACAAUAAAUCAACCAUGGACUUAGCCAAUCAUCCAAUGAGUCAUGUCAUAAGUAAGCACAUAGAGAGGAGAUAUCAUUUUCUUAAAGAUAAAGUGAAUAAAGGGAAGCUCAAGCUGGUGUAUUGCAGAUCACAAAUGCAGUUAGCUGACAUACUCACAAUAUCAUUGAAGAAGACAAGGUUCGGUGAGUUGAAAGAGCUUAUUGGAAUGAGAAGUUUAGAGAAUAUGAAUUAGGUGGAGUGUUGACGAUGUAUAAUUCAUAUUAUAUAUGUUCUGGUAGUUAUAAACUUUGUGAGAUUAGUUACAAAGUUGGUAAGAUUAGUUACAAAGUUCUGAACUAAUUGAGACUUGUAAAUGUAUACAUACUCAACUUAGUGACAAGAAUAUCAUCCUCCAUCAAAUGCAUAAGUACAUUAUCCAUCA